AUGGGACACCAUAAUUGCUGCAACAAACAGAAAGUGAAGAGGGGGCUUUGGUCACCUGAGGAAGAUGAGAAACUCAUCAACUAUAUCUCCAACUAUGGCCAUGGCUGUUGGAGCACCCUUCCUAAACUUGCUGGGUUGCAGAGGUGCGGGAAAAGCUGCAGAUUGAGAUGGAUAAAUUACCUGAGACCGGAUUUGAAACGUGGGAGUUUCUCUCCUCAGGAAGCUGCGCUUAUCAUUGAACUCCAUAGAAUUCUGGGCAACAGGUGGGCACAGAUAGCGAAGCAUUUACCGGGAAGAACGGACAAUGAAGUGAAGAAUUUCUGGAACUCAAGCAUCAAGAAGAAGCUCAUCUCUCAUGGCGGCCGUCUCUCUCAUCAUUUACCCUCUUCACCUGCGCCUAUUCUCUCCAAUGUUUCUUCAAACCCUAAUUUCCAAACUUUCUAUUCGCAGCUUCCCAGUAGUAAUAAUCCUAAUUUCAUCCAAAACAACAACAAUGUUGUUCUUAAUGUCCCCGCGCAAUUACAAGCGGAAGAUCAGAUGAACAAUUUGGUGUUUCCAGUUAUGCCCUCGGUUCCAUUGCCGCAGCUGGAGACAACCUCAAUUGAUCCGACAUGGUUUCUCGGAUACCCACAACCUCAAAACCUCAUAGAUCAUCACCAUUAUCAAAUUUCCUCGUACAACAACAAUAAUUUUGAUAAUGAAAUGAUGGUCCCUCUUCUUCAUCAUGAGGAUGAACCCAUUAUAAUCCCUAAGCUUCUUCCUGGGAAUCUCGUUUUGUCAUCUUCUUCAUUAUCUUCUGGUAUUGCACAGCAAGAUGACUUCAUUGUCCCUAACCCCAUCCCAUAUUCUCAUCAUGAUCUCCAAAUUCCCACCUAUGAAAUCAUGCCAUCCAUGCUGCCACCAAUGCCGGCAUUGUCACUGUCUUCAUCUUCGUCGUCGUCGUCUUUUUCUGCAGUGCCAUGUAGCCAAAUCCUCAUGAAUCCUUCAACCUGGGUUCCUUAA